GUCGCCUGCACCAGUCCCUGGCCCAAGGCUUCCUUUCGGUUCCUCGCCGAGGGGGGCCUCAGCAGAACGGUGGCCCAGUGGCAAGUGCAGAAGACGGGAACAUCGCGAGAAGGCGUCUGGCGAGUCUGUAACGCUGCUGCGCUGUGCCUGGCUUACUCUAGCGACUGCCAUGACAGUCGGAUAUGGGCGGCCUCCGAGUCCGAGCCUUCGACAUUUCCUGGCUUCGAGCUGCACCGGAACUCCUCAGCCUAUGAGCUUCGGGCUGUGGGGCGUGGAAGCUGUGCGGCACAAUGGGUCGCUGGAAUCUGCGGCGAGGAUGCUGGGCAGCAUCUGCGGUGCCGUUUGCGCCCUGGCAAUCGCGGGCCGGAAAACAACUCAUGUCGCAGAUGCGGAGAAAGCUUGCACCACCUGCGUGCGGCCGCGGAAGCCCGCUGCACGCUGCAGGCUGCUUUGGAGCUGCAACCACUUCGUGGGCUUGUCUGGCCUAAAGCACUUGACAUGCCGUGGCUGCAGCGAUGAGGGUGCUACCGAAGAGCUCUCUUUGCAGAUGGAGGCCUCAUUGGAGUUGCCGCCCUCUCUCCUGUUCUUCUUCAACGCCAAGGCCUCAGAGGAGUUGCCGAUUUUUCGGAUACCGAGCAAGCAGCUGGUGGAGGCUGGCGUGCCAGUCAGCGAUAUCAAAGACGUCUGGCAGCGAGACCUGCUCUGGGCUUUGCCCAUUGGUACGGAGAGUACAUUUCCGUACGACCAGAAGGAGAGAUGGCUGGAAAUGGCGCUGGAGGACGACUGCCGCGAUGUUCUUCUCUCUCCUAGAUGUCCUCAGCUGACUCCCGAGCUCCUCCGCGUGACCCUCCGGCAUUUCUCGCAUGGGACUCCGACCUCCCAAGAUCUCCAGCGCUUCGGCAAGGCCACUUGGGGCUUGAGCGCGGGUGAAGAGCGUUGGAGGGCUCUGGCCGAGCAACUGCCCGACACGGAAGUCAGACAAGGCUGGUCGAAAGGGGGCAUCACGCCGUGGACCAUUCGGUUCAAAGGCAAAACACAGCCGAACCAGGACCUUUUCGAAUACGAGGACUUUACUUUCGCUUUCCUGCAGCGCGUCAAUCUCCGGUGCUUCUUCUCCGUCGGCAGCCUCGCAGAAUCCAUGUUUCACUAUGGCCAGCAACCUGACAAGGAUGCCGUGUCUCUGCAGCUUUGCCACGAUCUCGCCCACUGGGCUUGUCACAGCAAUCUGAAGAACAGGCAAGACAUCAGUGAGCCCAAGCUGGGAGAAUUUGGAAAUGGUGCUGUUCGAGUGCAGCUUGGUGGGCCAGUGUUGCACGUCCUUGCUGACAAGACCUUCUGGAAGGCAGCGGGUUUGGAGUACCGCGAGCGCAAACGCUUGGGCGUUGUGGGGCUGACGCCGGAGGAUGUACUGCCUACCAGAGGUUCGCAAGCAGCCCAGCAUUGCCACAGAAGCUAUGCCGGCAGCUUUGCUCGUGAGUUGUGCCAUGAUCACGAGAAAGGCGUCUGCCAGUUGGGAGAGGCUUGCCGAAAGAUCCAUCGCAAGCUUCCGCAUGCGGCAUCCAGAUCACAGCAGAGCUGCUCGGCGCAAGGUCUUACGGAUCAGAAUUGUCCAGUUGAAGACGAGGACUUGCGCAGCGUCUUUUGGGAGGGUAUGAUGGAAGGGAAGCUUCGAUUGUCAUUGCAAGUUCUGAAGCACAAGCUGCUUCAGAAGAAGAGAUGCAGUGAAAAGGCGGUCCUGCAUCUCCUAGCUUCCGAACUGGAGAAGGGACAUCUGGUGGUGAUUGUAGCGGCUGCACGUGGUGACCUGGCUACGGAGUGGAACUUGAAGGAUUGGAGGAAACCUGAGGAGUCGGUCAGAAGCAUGAAAGAAUCUCGGACCCAACAGUCUGUGCAGUUGCUUUUCUCGCCUUCUCUGAGGGAGCCACCGAAAUCGCUUCUGGUGUGUUUGCUGGAAUACUUCCGGCUGGAGCAAUUGAGCCCUACGGUGACCCACUUGAGGAAUGCGUGUGCGUCUGUCUUCGCACUGGAGGUUCCGCCGGAUGGCUGGCGCAGGCUCGCAAAGGAAGGGGGCUUCCGCUGCAGCAAACGCAAGACCAUCGACGGACAGACACUUUGGUGGAUCUCCUCUCCUGGAAAGCGUGGGAGGGUCAAGUGGCAAGCGAGCAGCUGCACGAAAGAGCGGCAGGCGGCUCUGCUCCUUUGGGUGGUCAGCUUCGACUCCUGGCCGUCGAUGGGAGUUCUGCUGGAGUCUGCGCGUUUGUUCGGGCCGGACUUUGCUCGGCUCCCGGUUCUUUACACCUUGCUCCGGGCGGUAGCCGGCCGGCAACCCAUGGAAGACGACGACGAAGGCUUCGAAGAUUCAGAAACCUUGGCCAGCGACGAGGGGGAGGAGCACGAGGAGGAGGGAGAGGACGAGGAAGAAGAGGAAGGAGACGAAGGGCCCAAAGAAGCGGAUGAGGAGUCGCACUGUGGUUCGGACAUGUCUGGAUCGAGCGAAGGUCUGGGGGAACGACAUGGCAAGAUGUUUCCCCCUUGCAUGAAAGAGGUUGUUAGGUGGCCACCACGGAGGACUCCUCAAGAACUGGUUCGUGAUACCUUUGCCAACUGGCGCCGGUUGGGCGAGAAAAUCAACAGGCGUGGACUGAAAGGACGACGAGUAAUCAAGCUGAAGGGCAGUGACAGGCACAUGCGGAAGAUCAUCAACAAGCUCGAGUACGAUCUUCCACAGGUGGAGACAGGGCAGGAUGCGAUUGAUGUUGUUGCGGCCGAGGAUGCUGAGGCUUUGCUCCAUGCAGCCGGAAUGAGCGAGUCUGUUAUUCAGGGCUGGGUCCGAGGGGAGCCCUUCCCACGUGACGUUUUGGUGGCGAUGGUUGUGGCUGAAUACCGCAGGCUUGUGCAGCCUGACAAGAUGCGCCCGGAAUCCGAUGGCCCAACUGCGCAGGAGAUGUUGGCCGCCCUCCUGCAUGCCAAAGGUUUAUCCCACGGACAGGGGAGAUCACAUCGGAUUCGGCAGCAAAUUCUGGGUCCGCUUCGCAAGCACCCGGAGCUCGCAGGACGAAUUCACAACACCUCGCGUGGGGGGAGCAUUGGCAUGUUUCUAGACACUCCCGGUUCAGACCAUGACAUCUUCUUGCACGUGAAGGAUGGGGGAAGUGACAUGGUGGAGACAGUUCACAGGGCGCUCAAGGACCUGCAGCAGCAAGCAAGCGAGGACUCACGACUCGCACGGGCUACCGUGGUGCGGAAAGACUUUGCCGUGGGCCUCAUUGACUACUACCACCGGGACUACGACCUGGUCCCCGUCACCAACAGGCCCGACCUCGAGGGCGACUACCAGUGGGAUCCAUGCCGGCAGGUGUGGCAGCCCGUGUUGCACCAACGCCUGGCCCCGAAGCUACAGGAACUCUCGGAGUCGAACAAGGAUGCCUUCUUCGUGCUGAGGGCGCUGAAGUUCUGGAAUGAAGCUCUGCCACCCGUUCGAGGAAGUGAGACCUGUGGCAAGAAGAAGGCUCCCCUGAUCUCCGUGCACAUUCCGCUUCUGGUGCUGGCCGCCGAAGACAGAGGACGACUCGACUCGACUGGAACACCACAGGCGCAUGUUCUGGCCACGUUGCACUUCGUGAAAGAGAAUUGGCGCUGCCCUUCGUCCGAGGAUGCUACUUUGCGUGAAGUGGAUGCGGACCCCCACCUGCGCCGAAUCACGAACAAGUACACUCUGGGGCUGAUGAACCAAUGCUUUCCCGAGUUGCUGCAUGCGGCUGAUCGAGUGGUCACGCUGAUGCGGAGCUUCUUCCACUGUCCCAGCAUGUCUACCUGUCCGGGCGAUCCGAUGAUUGCCUUCGAUGGCUGUUCUGAAUGUGAGAUCUUUGAAACAGAGCUCGGUGUUCUUAGGUCAAGCACUGCGGAUCCUCGUCUGAUGUUGGAUGAGGACGCGUCCUCGGUUGCCGUAUCCUCGAAAGCAGCUGCCUUCUAUUGGCAUCCGCUGAGCGGCUCCCAAACGCGCCACCAGCGAAGCACCGAAGGCGGUUGUGCCGAUCCUUUUGCCUGGAAAGCAGCGGACGGGCCGGCGCGUUUGCUCUGCACCGGCGGCCACCUCCCGCUCUUCCGCGGUCACCUGGCCCCCGGCAGUGCUCUCGCACCUGUCGGGGCAGCCUUGGCAGGACGCCCGCCGCCUUGGGCGAGCUCCGGGGACCGAUGGGCACCGGAGGCUCUGGAGGUCAACGAGUCCUUGAACGUCCUGGUCUUCUGCGACAAGCAGCCUUCUGGAGAGCAUCGGAUCGGCUGGGCCCUAGCCCAGGGAUCGAACAGAACGGCAGGGUCCUGGUCGCGCUACGCCGAAGGACCUUUGGAUUUGGGUGGCAGCAAGGGCGGUGACAUUGAUCCACAUCUCUUCCGCGAUGCCGACGGCACGACAUAUUUGCUUUGGAAGACGGACGACAACCGCGUCCAAGCAAACGUUACGCGGAUUUGGAUGCAACGGUGCUCAGUGACCGAUAGCGGCAUUUCCCUGGUGGGCCGGCGCGCUGUCAUCCUAGACUCGACUGGGCUGUGGUGGGUUGACAGCUGGGUCAAAGGGGGCAGCCUGGUAGAGGGCCCUGAGAUGGUACGCCAGGGAGGAUGGUACUUUCUCUUCUUUGCGGCCGGGCGUUUUUGCCAGGAGAGCUAUGCGGAGGGCGUUGCACGCUCGCGAGACAUCUGGGGGCCCUAUGAGAAGCUUCCGAUCCCGUUGCUUUCCACGGGCAUCGUGGGCUGGGAUGCGUCUGAAGGAAGUGUGAAGAUCAUUGGUCCUGGGCAUGCCUCCUUCCCUUUGGAGCCAGACGGGAGUGCCAAGCUCAUCGUUUGGCAUGCCAGUGCUGGGCACAACUGCCAUCGACGCGCCUACGUCGCGAGGAUUGAGUGGCUAGAGGGGGACGGAGGCUGGCCGAUGGUGGACUUGCCCGAUCCAGUUCACGUGCACGACAGUCUUUGGUUGCAAAUGUCGCCUUUGCCUCUCCGAGUGGAUGGGGCAGUCUCGCUUGGAAUUCUGGGUCUUCUUCUUGCGACCGCGGGCCUCCCCGCUGCUGUCGUCGCUUUGAAAAGUGCGAGUAGAGAGACGGUUCGUGAUCUGGAGGAUGUCAUCGAGCAAGCGUUGACAGAUGCUUCGGUGGUGGACCUGGAGUGUCGGUGA